UACUGCCGUCGUCGUAAUUAUUUUUUGCAAAAGUUUACAAUUUCGGUGGAAAAAUCUAAUUUAUUAUAGAAGGGACUCAUCGUAGUGAAAUGUGUGUAGAGUAAACAAUUAGUUUUAUUUAUUUCCCGAAAUGUCUGAAACUAAAGAAAUGCAAACCGAAGAGCGCGAAGCGCUGGUUUCGAUCUACGAGGGAGACGGCUGCUUUAAGCAAGUGAAUGCAGAAACUUAUCAAUACAAGUACGGCGAAGAAGACGGAUGCAAAUCAUUCCUGUUGGAAAUCUGCUGGCAAGAGACCUAUCCCAAUGAACUUCCAACUAUCAAUAUGGAAACGUUUUACAAUAGAAAUCUGUCCCGCCCCGUCAAAGAUAAAAUAAUCUCUAUACUGAAGGAAGAAGGCGAGCAGUGGCUGGGUUGCGGCAUGACCUACACGCUCUUUGAGUGCCUUAAGGAUAAAGUAGAGGAAUUACUGGCGGACGAGAGCGUGAGCAAUGCUAAUGAUCAACAGAUAAUAGGAACAAACCCCCAGGAUGCCGAUCAGGGCAGCUCGGAUGAGAAUGAUGCGGACGAGCGGGGGAUAAAAUCCAUUGCCGGUGCAGGAGGUGGCGGACAGAAGAAGGAACAACUGACCAAGGCACAGAAACGAAAACAGUGGGAUCGAGUUGACAACAAGGGAAAUCGCCCCAGGGGCUAUGACUGGAUAGACAUAAUCAAACAUCUAUCGCAAACCGGUGGAAAACAGGAGUAAUAGAAUACAAAGGGAACAGGAAUUUAUCUAGAUAGGCUCUUAUUACGAUGAGUCGCUCUCGCUCA